AUGCCUAUCGAUCUUGGGCUAUCCAGAAUAGCACUACUUCUUUCUAAGUUAGGAAACCCACACUUGAAAGCAAACUUUAUACACGUCUCAGGAACGAAUGGGAAAGGUUCAGUUUGUGCCUAUUUGACCUCACUACUCUUAUCAAAUACUCAAGAUUUCAAAGUUGGUAAAUUCACAUCACCACAUUUACUUUAUCGCAAUGACUCUGUCACUUUGAAUAACGUUCCUAUCUCAUUGAACAUCUUUACAAAGGUUGAAAAAGAAAUUGAAGAAUUGAACUUGAGAUUUGAUAUUGGUGCUACUGAAUUUGAAAUUUUAACAGCUACUGCUUUUCAAAUAUUUCAUUUAGAGAAUGUUGAUUUGGCAGUGAUUGAAGUUGGCCUUGGUGGUAGAUUGGACUCAACUAAUAUUAUUGAAGGGGCCAUUAUCAAUUCGCAAAAUAAAAUUAUCAAAAAAGGUGUUUUGGCCACUGGUAUAACGAAAAUUGGUAUGGAUCAUGAAAAUUUACUAGGAUCGACUUUGAAACAAAUUGCUGGUGAAAAAGCUGGUAUUAUAAAACAGAAAAUACCCAAUGUUAUUGAUGGUACAAACGACGCUGCAGUUUUACAAGUUGUUAAAAAUAAAGCGGCAGAACUAGGAAGUGAAAACUUUGUUGUGACACCAGCUUCAAAUGAUAUUGUGACAAGUUUUGGCAUUGUCAAUAGAAAUGAAUCACCGCUAAGAGGUUGUUAUCAAUUGCAAAAUCUAUCAGUUUCUUUGAAGAUAAUUGAUCUCAUAUUCCCGUUCUUGAAGAAUUCAUACCCAGAAAAGGUCAAAUUCUCGAACCAGAAUGUUAUCAAAGGUGUUCAAGAUGUGGAAUGGCCUGGCAGAUUACAAAGCUUGCAUCUUAAAUAUGACUCUUCGAAACCUAGUCUUGAAGUUCUUCUUGAUGGUGCACAUAAUGGACAAGCUGCCCUUGAACUUCAUAAAUACCUAAAACAAAAGUAUAAUGAAGAGCCAAUAACGUUCAUCAUUGCAGUCACAAAAGGAAAAGAUCUAACACCAUUAGUCAGCACACUAAUAUCACCAAAAGAUAAGAUCAUAGUUACUAAGUUUGGUAGUGUUGAAAACAUGCCUUGGAUCAAAGCAAAUGAGCCUCAAGAUCUAAAACAAGAAAUAUUGAAGUAUACUCAAAAUGUGGUAAUUGAGCCAGAAGUUAGAAAGACGUUUGGUCUUGUUGAGCAAGGAGAACAUACAGUCGUUUGUGGAAGUCUGUACCUGGUGAGUGAAGUAUUGAGGCUACAUAAUGAUAACACAUAACUGUCAUAGAAUUCAUAAUAAAUAAAGCAUCGUUAACUUUCAACUUUUGGCUUUUUGUGAUCAUGUCUUAAACGACUGCUUAUCGUAGACUCAUCUUCUGCAGAACGUUUUGAGCUAGUGUUUUCAUCUCCG